UCGAGAAGACGCGGGGCUACGCGGGGCGGGCGGAGUCAACUACUGAAGCUACCGAAGCGAGCCAGCCUGGUGGAGUGGAACAAAAACAAAACAAGGAACGAGCAGCGAGGCGCCUGAUUUAAAGACCCAACAGCAGAGGGGUUUGGUUUUAGAUGUCCACAGGUCCCGCAUGAAGAAGGUAGAAUGAGACUCAGGUCUCAGAAAACGGUCACACCUUGGUCGGAGUCGCCGAGGACCAACCGCCGCCGAUCCACCAAGGCGACGCCGAGACGAAGUCGUCCAUCGGUGACCGAGAGCCCGCUUCAGACCGAGGUUGAAGAGACCUUGGUUAAGGAUCCCCACCACUCUGAUGACGAAGUUCCCACAAUGACGAGGCGGCGGCUGCCUCGCGGCCGCGCAAGGAAAAGGGCCAUCGCUGUUGACGACAGAGAACCAGAUCUGGACUUCAAGACUCCGAUCAGGCCCAUCAUGCGUCGCGAGCGCAUACUGUCCGCGAUCGACCCGGCGUCUCCUGGCAACUCAACAGCCAGAAACAUCUACUCGCCCAUUGUGCGUUUCCUCACACCCAGCAAAGAGAAUGUGAAGUGUGCACGUGCUGGAAGCAACGUUUUGAUGAGCCCAGAACAAGGCGUCUUUGGUUUCGGCUCCAUCGACCUUCUGUCCGGAGACGAGGACGAUGACAUCUUUAAUCCAUUUACCUUCAUCAAGAACAUACCAUCACAGUCUCAACAUUCCCGACCACAACUCCGAGAUAUUCCGCCCAAGACCCGGAGCACUCCAGAGGCCACGCUGGUGCUCGACCUGGAGGAGACGCUGAUGUUCAGCUCUCUGAACGUGAUCGAGGACGCAGAGUUCACCUUCCACACGGCGUUCCAGGACAACAGAUACAAGGUGCACAUGAUCCUACGACCACACGUGAGAGAGUUUCUUCAGUCCAUGGCAAAAGUCUAUGAGCUGUUUGUUUACACGUGUGCAAAGAAGGAAUAUGCUGAGAAGAUACUGGACGUCCUGGACCCGCAGAGGAAACUGUUUCGGCAUCGUCUGUAUCAGGACGACUGUGCCUGCGUCCUCGGCCACUACAUCAAAGACCUCAACAUCCUGGGGAGGGACCUCGGCAAGACGGUGGUUCUGGACAACGCCCCUCACACGUACCCGUACCAUCUGAUGAACACGAUUCCCAUCAAGAGCUGGUCUGGAGAGUCGGGGGACAGAGAACUCCACAAACUCAUCCCCUACAUGGAGAAGCUGUCUGCGGCGGAGGAUUUUCGGGAGGUGCUGAAGAAGAGGAAGGAUCACUUCCACCGGCUGCUGUCGGAGGACUGACCAGCUUUCACCCCCAACCCUCCACCUCCCCGCCUCACUUCUAACUAAUCUACGUGACUUUCACGGUUCAUGUUUGCAUUUGUUUUGUGCUUUGGCUGUAAAAGCAGAAUCCAUCUUUGAACUGGCCCCUGACCUGAAGCCUGAAGUUGUGUUGUGGGUGGUGGACACACUCGGCCUCCUUCGUCCUCCCUGAUGACUUAAAAGGACGAGGCAGAUCGGUAUUUCAAACAUGCUGCUGGUCGUUCAUCACCUAAACCCCUUUUCUCCAAGACUCAUUCCACAGGGCAGUAACUGCUGCCUGCUGUUUGUGUUGAUGUACAUGACAAAACUUGAAUGAUGUUGUUUAUAGAAAUAUUUUUUUAUUUAUUGACGCUAUAGCUAAUCAAUGGCUAUUAUCUCUGUAUAUUUCAAACAUGCUUUUUUAAAAAUGCAAUAAAAUCACCCUGAUAGUAAUGGGGGAAUAAAACACUG